AUGUGGGCGCUCCGCUCGCUGCUGGGGCUGCGGUGCGCGGCCGGGCGCACCAUGUCGCAGGGGCCGGCGCGCCGCCCGCGGCCGCCCAAGGACCCGCUGCGGCACCUGCGCACGCGGGAGAAGCGCGGCCCGUCAUGGGGACCCGGGGGCCCGAACACCGUGUACCUGCAGGUGGUGGCAGCCGGCGGCCGGGAUGCGGGCGCCGCCCUCUACGUCUUCUCCGAAUUCAACCGGUAUCUCUUCAAUUGCGGGGAAGGCGUCCAGCGACUCAUGCAGGAGCACAAGCUGAAGGUGUCCCGUUUGGACAACAUAUUCCUGACCCGAAUGCACUGGUCUAAUGUUGGCGGGUUGUGCGGAAUGAUCCUCACUUUAAAGGAAACCGGAGUUCCAAAGUGUGUGCUUUCUGGACCUCCACAACUGGAGAAGUACCUGGAAGCUAUCAAAAUAUUUUCUGGUCCACUGAAAGGAAUAGACCUGGCUGUGCGGCCCCACUCGGCGCCAGAAUACAAGGACGAGACCAUGACAGUGUUCCAGAUCCCCAUCCACUGCGAGCAGACAAGUGGUCAGCAGUCGCCCGCACAGAGUCCAGAGCGGCUGAGUCCACAGCCGCCUCCACACGCAGAACCAGCUGAUGGGGAGCGGCGCCCGAACGGUGUUGGCCAGAAAGCACGUGGCAGGGACACCUCCUUGGUGGUUGCUUUCGUCUGCAAGCUCCACCUGAAGAAGGGAAACUUCUUGGUGCUCAAAGCGAAGGAGCUGGGUCUCCCAGUCGGAACAGCCGCCAUUGCCCCCAUCAUUGCUGCCGUCAAGGACGGGAAGAGUGUCACCUACGAAGGGAGAGAGAUUCUGCCUGAAGAGAUCUGCACCCCUCCGGACCCCGGGAUCGCCUUCAUUGUGGUAGAAUGUCCAGACGAAGGGUUCAUCCAGCCGCUGUGUGAGAACACCGCCUUCAGGAGUUACCAAGGGAAGGCCAAUGCCCCCGUGGCCCUGGUGGUCCACAUGGCCCCGGAGCACGUGCUCCUGGACAGCAGAUACCAGCAGUGGAUGGAGAGGUUCGGGCCCAACACCGAGCACCUGGUUCUGAACGAGAACUGCGAGUCAGUCCACAACCUGCGCAGCCACAAAAUCCAGACCCAGCUUGGCCUCAUCCACCCCGGCAUCUUCCCCCCGCUCGCUGGCCCCCGCCCUCAGGAAGGCAGUGCUGCCCAGGGUGUGCCCACGGUCCGAGGCCAGUGUCUCCUUAAGUACCAGCUCCGGCCCCGGCGGGAGUGGCAGAGGGAUGCCGUCCUGACCUGUGACCCCGAGGAGUUCAUCGCCGAGGCUCUGGAGCUCCCCAACUUCCAGGAGAGCGUGCAGGAGUAUAGGAAGACGGCCCAGGAUGGCCCAGAGGAGACUUGCAGCCAGUACCCAGAAGUGGUCUUCCUGGGAACAGGGUCCGCGAUCCCAAUGAAGAUCCGGAACGUGAGCUCCACGCUCGUCAAUAUCAGCCCCGACACGUCCCUGCUGCUGGACUGCGGGGAGGGCACCUUCGGGCAGCUAUGCCGCCACUAUGGGGACGGCGUGGACCGGGUCCUGGGCUCUCUGGCUGCUGUGUUCGUGUCCCACCUGCACGCCGACCACCACACGGGCUUGUUGAACAUCCUUCUGCAGAGAGAGCGUGCUCUGGCAUCGCUGGGCAGACCCUGCCAUCCCCUGCUCGUGGUCGCCCCCACCCAGCUCCGGACCUGGCUCCAGCAGUACCAUAACCAGUGCCAGCCACUGCUGCACCACGUCAGUGUUAUCCCUGCCAAAUGCCUUCAGAAGGGAGCUGAGGUCUCCAGCCCCGAGGUGGAAAGGUUGAUAAAUUUGCUGCUGGAAACCUGUGGCCUGGAGGAGUUCCAGACCUGCCUGGUCCGACACUGCAAGCACGCCUUCGGCUGUGCGCUGGUCCACAUGUCCGGCUGGAAGGUGGUCUACUCGGGGGACACCAUGCCUUGCGAGGCUCUGGUCCAGAUGGGGAAGGAUGCUACCCUCCUGAUCCAUGAGGCCACCUUGGAAGACGGUCUGGAAGAGGAAGCUGUGGAGAAAACACACAGCACCACCUCCCAGGCCAUCGGCGUGGGCAUGCGGAUGAGCGCGGCCUUCAUCAUGCUGACCCACUUCAGCCAGCGCUAUGCCAAGAUCCCACUCUUCAGCCCUGACUUCAACGAGAAAGUGGGCAUCGCCUUCGACCACAUGAAGGUCAGCCUGGGGGACCUCCCGACAGUGCCCCGGCUGACGGCGCCGCUGAAGGCCCUGUUCGCCGAGGACCUGGAGGAGAUGGAGGGGCGCCGGGAGCGCCGGGAGCUGCGGCAGGUGCGGGCGGCCCUGCUCACAGGGGAGGACGUGGAGCCACCGCAGAAACGUGCCCCCACAGAUCAGCCCCCCAGCCCGCAGAGCAAGAAGGCCAGGGCCCAGUAG